ACGGCGGCGGGGGGUUCCUGAGCAGCGGGAGCGAGCGGCGGUGCCGGGCGCGGCUGGCGGAGGCGGCGGAGGCGGCGGGGCGGCGGGGGGGGGCGAUGGCGGCGGCGGCGGCGGUGCUGGUGCCGCUGUGCUCGGUGCGCGGCCGCCCCGCUCUGCUCUUCACGCUGCGCUCCCGCCUCCUGGGCGGCCCCCACAGCGGCGAUGUCAGGUACCGGCGGCGGGGAACGGGCACCGGGACCGGUCCGGCGCUGAACGGCGCCGUUGCCUCUUGCAGCUUUCCCGGGGGGCGGCGGGACCCGGCGGACGGCGACGCGGUGGCCACGGCGCUGCGGGAGACGCGGGAAGAGCUGGGGCUGGAGCUGGGAACCCCGAGCGUCUGGGGGCAGCUGCGGCCGCUGCCCGACCGGCAGGGACUGAUGGUGGCUCCCGUCGUGGCCAACCUGGGGCCCCUGGAGGACUUGACGCUGACCCCCAACCCUGACGAGGUGGAAGAGGUCUUCACCCUGCCCUUGGCUCACCUCCUGCGGGAGGAGAACCAGGGCUACACCCACUUCCGCACCGCCGGCCGCUAUGGCUACACCCUGCCCGUCUUCCUCAACGGCCCCCAUAAGGUCUGGGGGCUGACGGCCAUCGUCACCGAGCUGACCCUGGAGCUGCUGGCGCCCGAACGUUACCGCAGGAAGACCCACGUGCCGGCCCGCAGCCCCUUGGCCCGGCGCCUCGAAGGGAGCUCGACCUGACACGGGGGGGGGGACAAGGUGGCCCCUGCCUGUCCCGGGCACAGGGUGGUGUAUUUUUUUGGGGGAAGCAUGGGACACACUGUACAGGCGGAGGGAGCUCUCCCUCGGCUGUGUACCUGUAGGUUGACCUUGCUGCACACACAGAGAUGGGCGGGAGGGGGCUGCUGUGGGGAAACCACACUGACCCCCCCCCGCCAUCGGUGCUGCUGUCGGGAAACCGCCCCCCCCCCCAUGGGUGCUGCUGCCUGCCGGGAUCCACGCGACAACGGCCGAUGUCAGAUACUGUGAGUUAGUAAAAAAGCCAUGUUUUGAACCACGUGUG